AUGAGCAGCACCGACCUGGAGCGCAUGUCGCUCAGCUCCUCGGCCACCUCGGUGGCCUCCAGCGCGCGGACGCUGUCGGCCAACGUGAGGAAGCUGCACAACGCGCUCAACCUCCUGCUCAACGACUUCGAGAGGGAGCAGUUCAUCCACUGUCUCAACGUCUACCACUCCAAACGCAACGUGUACGACCUGGUGCAGACCCUCAACGUUAUCCUUAACGCGCCCAGCAAGCGGCAACUUCUGCCCAUGCUGCGGCUGGUCAUCCCCCGCUCUGACCAGCUUCUCUUUGAGCAGUACACCUCGGAGGGCCUCUACUUAAAAUCGGAUUUGGUCGCAAGCAAUGGCAGCGCCGAAACUCCACCGGGCGACUUCCCCGGCGCCAGCCCGACCCCCCCGGGGCAUUUCUCGCCAAACAGCCAGCCCGAGUUUCAGGCGGCGUUGAGGGGCUCGCCGGACAGCUUCAGCACCAGCAGCGACGGGACAGCUCCCCUGGUGCCGCUGCUCGGGAGAAACUUCAUCCACGAGCCGCCGGGCGAGCUGCGGCAGGUCACCAUGAAGCGGCACAAGAGCAACGAGGGCCUGGGCUUCAGCAUCCGCGGCGGAUCGGAGCACGGGGUCGGCAUCUACGUGUCCCUAGUGGAGCCGGGGAGCCUGGCAGAGAAAGAGGGUCUCCGGAUCGGUGACCAGAUCAUGAAAGUCAACGACAAAGUCUUCGACAAAGUCACUCAUGCUGAAGCCGUGAAGGUGCUGAAGGGCAGUAAAAAACUUUGUCUGUCUGUGCGUUCAGUCGGGCGAAUUCCUGGCGGCUAUGUCACCAACCAUGUUUAUACCUGGGUUGACCCUCAGGGUCGGAGUGUUUCCCCUCCUUCUGACCUGCCCGAGCAUCGCAGUGCCACCCUGAGAAGAACCGACAGCCAGCGACGCAGCAACAUGCAGCUGCUGCAGGAGGGAGAUGAGAAGAAGGUCAACUUGGUUUUGGAUGACGGCCGGUCUCUUGGUCUGAUGAUCCGGGGGGGGGCAGAAUAUGCUUUGGGUAUUUACAUCACUGGAGUGGACCAGGGAUCAGCAGCAGAGUGUGGAGGACUCAAGGUCGGUGAUCAGAUCUUGGAGGUGAACGGUCGCAGCUUCCUGAGCAUCCCACACGAUGAAGCUGUCAGAGUCCUGAAGUCAUCGCAGCACUUGAUGAUGACAGUGAAAGAUGUGGGCCGCCUGCCGCACGCCAGGACGGUGGUGGGUGAGACCAAGUGGAUUGCCAGCUCACAGAUUGCAGAGAGCUCUGCUAACAGCAGCUUGGCGGGCCUCUCAGUAGACCAAGGAGCAUCUGCGGCAGGAAAGCCUGGUUUUUAUAAGGGUGUGGCGGGCUCACAGGUGACUCUGUCCAGCCUGGUGAACCAGUCCCGGGCCAUGCUGGAGGAGCAGGCACGCCACCUGCUGACAGAAGUGGAGCGUCAGACCAUGGGUUACUACGUGGAGGAGUACCAGGAUGGACACAUUGGUGUAGAGCAGCUGGUCAUGGCGUUGUUCGAGCUGCUCAACACACAUGCAAAGUUCUCUCUGCUCUCAGAGGUGCGAGGCCUGGUCACCCCGCAGGAUUUGGAGUGUUUUGACGGGAUGGUACUGCGACGUGAAAUUCAGGCUCUUAAGGCACGGCAGGGAACAGCUGGAGCCACGGCCCUGCAACCAGACACCCUGUCCAUGGUGUCGUACCCAGAUACCCUGACCUCAUCAUCAGCCAGCUUCAUGACCAACACCACCCUCAGCUCUGCACGGGAAAGACUGCUGUGGCUGAUAGAUAUGAUGGAGAACAACAGCACGAUGGAGAGUAAUGAGGAGAAUCCUCCGGAGAGUCUGAACACGCUGCUGACCGACAUCUCUCUGGAUGACAUACAGUCCGCCACUGCCGAAUCUCCCCCCUCCUUCAAGCCUCCGCCCCCACCAGGGGUGCAGAGGCGCUCAAGUAGAAGAGAUCAGCUCAACAAAUGCCCCUCGUCAGAGUCCUCCCACUCAGGCUUGUACUUCACAGCCCUGACUUCCCACAACCAAAGCAAAGAGCCAGGACAUGCCCCUGCCUCAACCACACCACACCACAAACGAGAGCAAUCCAAGGACCCAUCUCUGGACUACGCGGCUAUCAGAAAGAAAGAUCCUCCGGUACUUUCCAAGAAAGGACAAACAACAGCUGCUCAGUUGUCCAUGAUCACUCAGCACAACAUUGGCCCUUUUCCCAGGGUCCAGUCCCCCAACAGAGGCACCAAGCCCGCUGCCCCGUCCCCUUCACCUCCACCUCCACCUCCACUCCCUGCUCCUCAUCCUCCCCCAUCUCUGCCCCUUAAGCCAGUGUCCUUGUCCAAAGCCUCCCCCGCCUCCUCUCCUUGCUCUAAACACCAGUUUGUUACAGUGGAGGUUCACAGGCCCAAUGCAGAGCCCGAUGUCAACGAAGUGCGGCCGCUUCCUCAAGCUCGAGGUGGCGCCCUGUCUCAGCUCUCAGACAGCGGCCAGACCCUCAGUGAGGACAGUGGGGUGGACAUAGCUGAGUCAGGACACGUCAGCAAAGACAGCAGUCCCCAUUCCUCACGCACAGGCCUCCCCCGAGACACCCAGGGAGGCAGGGGAGAGAACCCCUCCAAACCGCCGGGACUGUUGGAGCCCACCUCUACACUAGUGAGGGUGGCAAAGAGUGCCAGCACCCUGGGUAUUGCCAUUGAAGGUGGAGCCAACACUCGCCAGCCGCUGCCACGAAUUGUCACAAUACAGGUUGUUCGAGAACACCCCUUUUUUGAUGACAUUUCCAGACCCAUCACGGACUGUUCUGUCCUGCUGAGAGGCGGUUCAGCUCAUAACUGCGGCCAGCUGAAGGUGGGUCAGGUGAUCCUGGAGGUGAACGGGGUUUCCCUGAGGGGUCGCGAGCACAGGGACGCUGCACGCCUCAUCGCCGAGGCCUUCAAGACCAAAGAGAGGGACUACGUGGACUUCCUAGUGACCGAGUUCAAUGUGGCGCUAUAGCUGAGUGGAGGAGGAGAGAGGACGAUCACAAGAGCAGCACCAAGGGAAAAAGCAGUUCAAGGAGAAGAUGGGGGGGAGACAUUCAAGGGUCUGUUGAUUUGAAUGGCACAACUCUUUUAGAUAGAUGUAAACAAACCACCACCUGAUCUCUGAGCCCUUCUCCUUUCCCAUUAAAGCCCUGAACCUGGACAUAUGAUACUCAAGUUUAUAAGGUAUUAUUUCCGCUGUGGACAUUGUUCAGGAUUCUCCUCAACGUGUUACCUCCCCACUGUGAGACCUUAUGCACUACAAUGGGAAAUAGUGAAACCUAUACCUUUUUUUUGUUCUCUCAGUGUUAAAAAUCGUGGAUUUGCAACCCAUUGAAAACCACUGGAACUUCUUGUAGCACUCCCACAUCUUAUGGUCAGUUGAUUUUAUUAAUUUUUUGCUUCUAUCUAAGAGACGGCUGCACAUCUAAGACUGAUUCAUGCUCAUUACAAGCUUGGAUUUGUAUAUGUAAAAAUGAGCAAAUGUAGAUACAGAUGCAUAUUUACUGUACGCAUAAAGAUACUCCUAUAUGAAUUAUAAAACCCGUAACCUCUGUUGCAUCAUCAAGGUAUAGUAAUAUAUUUCAAAGAUGAUAGUAAUUCAGGCAUUCCUGGCGAUACGGAAAUCUACAAAUUUUAUAGCGAUGCUACUGUUCCAUCUAUUUAUUACCACCUUUUAACAAAAAGAAAAUGGCUGUAUGGAUCAUGUCAAGCUAACAAAACUACACAUUAUGCACUCAUAUUUGUAUAGUCAGACAUAAAAAAAAUCACGUAAAUCUUCAUAUGGGUAUCACACAAAUGUGCAUCACGUCCUGUUUCCUUUCUCCUUCUCGAGGUGUAUCUGUAUCGCUUGAGACUACAUCCACACUUAACCAGCUAAAUUUGAAAAUGUCACUUCUUUUUUUCUAUUUCCACUGACAAACAACAAAAUUGCUGCAUCACAGUUUUCCAGAGAACAGCAAGGCAAAGCAAAAAGAGUUGUUUACCUUGCUGAGAAAUUGGAGGUGUGCAGCCUGUCGCCUGCAGCUCUUCAUCCAACAGCUCACUGUGGCUGCUCCUGAUGGUUCCAUUACUCCCUGAAAUACUUUAAACUGAUCCUCUGUCAACAAAUGACUGUUGUGUUGUUUUUUAGACAUAUUUUUGAUGAACAAUCAUGGUUAGCGCUAACUGCAGUGACAAAUACAUUGCGUUCUUUCUGACUGUUUCAUAAUAAAAGCCACACUGUGUUUUGCUAGUUGAAUGCUUUGAAUGCAAAGCAACAGCAGAAAAUAUUCAGAUUACAUUAGCAGAAACUUAAUACAGCUCUUAUACAACGUUAGGAGAGUUAACAGGAAACAGUGAGGCUGAAUUAAAUGAGAAUAAAUGAAAAACAGUAAUGCUGGUUGACAUCCGUUGUUUCCUCAUUGGUGCAAAAGUCAUCUGAAUCCAGCGGAUUAAUGGCAGAUCCUGCCAGUAACAAUGAAAACUACGUAUGUAUAAAGGCAAUUUGAGAAAGUAAAUACAUUGAAUGACUAUUUCCAACCAAAAAGAGACAACACUUCUACUGCAGUCAGAUUUCCUAGUAACCACUGAAACACAAGGAUGUCAUGUUCAGAUUCAUUCACUCUGGAGAGCCAUUUUGAAACAGUUCUCGUGUAUCAGUAACACUGGAUCAAAGAUAUGUUUUCAGAUUCGGCCAGUUUAUGUGGAGGUACUCUCAAAAGGGACAAAAUGCUGCAGUUUUUCCCUCAGAUCACUUAGCUUUUCUCCUGCUGCUCCCCCUGCUGAAUAACAAUUGAUGAUUUUAUUUUGUAAUUUAAUAGUUUUAAUUAUAUUCCCCCCCAGGGGGCUUGCUGAAGCCAUGCUUGGUGCCGCAAUUAUGCCCAAGAGGGGAGUAAUGAGACAUUUAGAGGACGACACUGCCAAAGAUUUUAGAGACACUCACACGUGUUCACACAUAGAACACGUGUGAGCGCACGCACGCAUUUUCAUCUAUAGAAAAGCAAUUAGGAGAUAAGCAAUCAGGUAGAGUGAGAGAUGGAGCGAGGGAGAGAGGGAGUAAGACAGAAUGAGAAUGAGGGAGUGACUCAAAUAACAUAUGAGGAAUGAUUGUUGUUGUGAAGAUGAUUUUCUUCCUCUCAGGAAGAGUGCAAAUGUGGAGAGGAUGUACAGCAAACAUCCUCCAUGUGUCACUCCAGAGACUCAAAUUAAGCUGCAGGUAGAAAUAUGAAGUAAUCGGACUAAUUAAUCUAAGAGUUCUGCACAUUGAUGGGUGUUAUGUAUGUGUUUAAUGCGACUUGUUUGUGCCUGUCAGCAAGUUUAUGUAUGAAAAGAGGAAAAAUAUGCUCAAAACAAGGAGACAGCAAAUAAGAACAAACGUAAAUGUCAAGGGAACUGCUGCAUGAGACAAACACAGAGAAGGGAUGCGGUAGUCUGAUAGUUUGGGCUUUUUGAAGAAUGCCACCAGAGCAGCUCUGUGAGAAAUUGCUAUCAAACACUCCUGAAUCUUUCUAGUGACAACUGAGCGAAGAGAGCAACGCAUUCAUCCUUUGUUUUUACAACAUAUCCCUGCUGUGUACCCUCAAAAUGUCACCCUUUAAGGAAUAAAAA